AUGGCACACAAGGUGAUUCGCCGAGGGUAUUUUUGGCCGACCAUAAACGCGGAUGCCAAACGCCUUGCCACAUCUUGCCGCCCUUGCCAAAUAUUCGCAAACAUACCUCAUCAACCACCUGAGCACCUCACUACCAUGACCAGCCCUUGGCCAUUCGCACAAUGGGGACUGGAUUUGAUCGGGCCUAUGCCUAAAGGGAAAUGGCAAACUACUCAUGCAGUCGUUGCUGUUGAUUACUUCACUAAAUGGGCAGAGGCAGAACAAUUGGCCACCAUUACGGCCGUAAAGGUGCAGAGCUUCAUCUGGAAAAAUAUCGUCUGCCAUUUCGGUAUCCCUCACACUCUCAUCACGGAUAAUGGCAAGCAAUUCGACUGCAAAAAAAUCCACGAUUUCUGCUCUGAUCUCAAAAUCAAUCUUCGUUUCUCCUCCCCAAUGCACCCACAAGCAAACGGCCAGGUUGAAGCCAUGAACAAACUCCUCAAACGAACGCUCAAGAAAAAUUUGGGGGCUAAGAAGGUUGCCUAG